CAACAUUUACUUAUAAUGAAUCCGGUGGCUUGUCCUACUUUAUGAAACACGCGAUUUCUCUCCAAAAUGUAGAUGUUUACGAUUGUUUUAUUACUAUUCAGGUAGCACCAUUAUUUAAUAUUCAUGGUGAUAAUGAAAAUAAUCUUAACUAAAAUAAGAAUUUAAUACAAAAAAAAAAAAACUUCAAUAUGUAAUAAUGUCCUUUUACAGCUCAUCGAUUUUCUGUUGUCACAACUGAGGCGCUUUAAACGAUACAAAACACGCAGACCUCGUAAUUACAGUUAACAGUCUGAACGUGUGUUUGGUUAUUUAAUUAUGAACUCGAAAAUAUGGUGGCGGGAAUACAGGAGAAGGAAGCGGGUUUCGGAUGCGAGGGAUUUCAGUACUGAAUCUAUUUUGAGAAAAACGUUUAAGGCAACCGUUAAAGAUUAUAUAGAUAAUUGUUCACUCUCCGGAUUGAAGCAAGUGUGUGAACCGAACACAUGUAUAACACAAAGAAUCAUCAGAAUAUUUUUCUUCUGUGUGAUGCUGGCGGGUGUAUUCUAUUUUCUCCAAUAUUUGUGGUACGGAAAUAUAUCAAAGCCGUUAAUAAUAGUGAUGGACUCCUCGACGUACCCAAUAUCCAGCAUUGAUUUUCCUGCUGUCACGAUUUGCAAUUUUAAUAGAAUAAGCAAGAUGGCGCUCGAGAAUUACGUUCAGAAAUUCCAACAAAGAAGUAAUCGCAGAAAAGAUGCGAAAGGUAUCCGCGAGCAGUUACUGCAGCUGGGAAGGUUGAUUGAUUAUUCAUAUAAUAAGACACUUUUAAAUGGAAAAUUUCAAUCAUUUGAAGAAAACUUAGAAAAUUAUGACGGUGUGGUCGAAAUUAUGAAAGAGCUAUCCCCGCCCUGUGACAAAAUGUUAAUAAAAUGCUCAUGGUUGGGUGUGAUACAAGAUUGCAAUAAGCUGUUCAAAGUACAUCUCACGGUGCGAGGUCACUGUUGUAGUUUCAACCACAUCUCGGAACAUCAGGAUACCAACAGAUCCGAGAUUGGUAAAUUUCAAGCUGAGAGGCAAAGAGUACCGGGGAUCCAGUAUGGCUUAAACGUCAUCCUGGACGCUAUGAUCGAAGACUACUCUUAUUCAUUAUAUAAUAUGAAAGGGUUUGAAAUAUUCAUCUUCGAAUCGAGCCACUUCGGCGACCCUACAGGAGGUCGUGUUAUACAAAAAAUCACUCAACCAGACUACUUGUCUUUCUUUGAAAUAUACUCUGUCAAGCAAACGGCUACCCCGGAAGUCCGGAAAUAUAAAAUUGGAACCCGCAAAUGUUAUUUUCAAGACGAACUUAAGAAACAAUUCAAAGGUUUAUACUCAUACAGCCAAUGCAUUAUGAAUUGUCGAAUAAAAGCUGUUCAAUCUUUGUGCAAAUGCACCCCGUACUAUUAUAAGGAUAGCAAAAACCAAGAUAUGCCUGUUUGCACCAUACAACACCUAAGAUGUUUAAACAAACAUAUGGAAAAAUUUAUCUAUCUAUAUCCUAAGAAUGCCGAAAGUAAUGAAGGACUAGACGAAGAAAUACAGAAUGCCUUAAGAUGUUUACAUUGUCUGCCAGACUGCGAAGUAACGAGACAUUUCACAAAACAGUCUAGGAUAGAAUUAACACGCUUGGACAAAAAUAAAAAGUUUUUAAAUUUUUAUUUAAAAGGAAUAAAUAUGUCAAACAAAGGGUUGGUGACCAUUUACCAAGGAAAAGGAACCGGUGUUCUUACUCGACUUGAUAUUGUAUCGUACUGGUACGAAAUAGUAAGCAACAUUGGGGGAUUUUGUAGCAUUCUAGUCGGAUUAUCUACAAUAGGUGUUCUUGAAAUAUUAUACUUUUUUGUUUUCAGAUUCUAUAUUAAUUUGUAUCGUUUUUAUGUAAACCGUAAAUAAUAUGCGAGUUUGUAAUAUGAAUAUAAAGUUUUUGUUUGUUAUUAAGUAUUAUCUAGGUACUUUAUGAAAUAAAUUUGUUAAAGAAA